AUGUUGGCGGCCGUUAGCUCGAUUCGCGUGAUCGCGUCGGAAGGGGAGUUGGCUUUCAUCGUCAUGCGGCCUUUCAUAUCCAAGAUUGUCAAAUGGCAUCAGCGUCAAAGGAACUUCACCUGGGCCAACAGUGCAAUCAUGCCUCGCCUUCGACACAACAGCUGCAAUGAACCAACAAUAAGAAGCUGUCUUGUUAAUGGAACCAUACUAAACAUGUACUCCACUUCAUGUGAAAAACUUCCAGCGGACACGCCUAAAGAUAGUCAAGUAUCUGACAUGUUGUCCGACUCAUUCGGGAGGUUACAUACUUAUUUGAGGAUCUCGUUGACUGAACGUUGUAAUUUGCGGUGCCAGUACUGUAUGCCUGCUGAAGGUGCAGAGCUUACUCCCAACCCUCAGCUUCUAUCUCAGGAUGAGAUUAUUCGCCUAGCAAAUCUGUUUGUCAGUUCUGGUGUUACCAAAAUUCGGCUGACUGGCGGUGAGCCGACUGUAAGGAAAGAUAUAGAAGAAAUUUGCUUACAGCUCUCGAGGUUGAGUGGAUUAAAGACACUUGCAAUGACGACGAAUGGAAUUGUCCUGGCUAAUAAGCUUCCGAGGUUAAAGGAGUGUGGGCUUAGUUUACUCAACAUAAGUUUAGACACUUUGGUUCCGGCCAAAUUUGAAUUUAUGACUAGGCGAAAGGGACAUGAAAGAGUGUUGAAGUCUAUAGAUGCUGCUAUAGAGUUGGGAUAUAAUCCUGUCAAAGUAAAUUGCGUUGUUAUGCGUGGAUUCAAUGACGACGAAAUAUGCGAUUUUGUUGAGCUGACACGCGAGAAGCCAAUCAAUGUACGGUUUAUUGAGUUCAUGCCAUUUGAUGGGAACAUAUGGAAUGUGAAGAAACUUGUACCUUAUGCUGAACUUAAGGAUAUUGUGGGUAAACAAUUUACAGGGCUAAAAAGGAUUCAGGAAGACCCCACAGAGACAGCCAAGAAUUUCCGGAUCGAUGGACAUCAGGGUACAGUUUCUUUCAUUACAUCAAUGACGGAACAUUUUUGUGCCGGUUGUAAUAGAUUGAGACUUCUAGCUGAUGGAAACUUUAAAGUUUGCCUCUUUGGUCCUUCGGAGGUUAGCUUGAGGGACCCUCUACGAAGCGGUGCUGAUGAUAGUGAACUUAAAGAGAUAAUUGGGGCAGCGAUCAAAAGGAAGAAGUCGGCUCAUGCUGGAAUGUUUGACAUCGCAAAGACGCCAAACAGACCAAUGAUACAUAUUGGUGGCUAG